AUGGCGCGCGAUGUUUGUCGAGAGAUGGACUGGCUGAAAGCGCGCGUACAACACGAGAGAGAUCGAAAACGGGGACGGGUGCUCAACAUCGAAAUGAGCAACUAUUUGUUCAAAACAGAGGAGCGAACCAUUCCCGAGGUCAUCGGUCCUGAACGCAAGCAAAUAACCUUUGUCAAGGAAGAGGAUCGGGAGUAUGUUCGUGAAGACCGUGCAGGUACUCCUCAUAUUAGCGAAUUGCAGGCUGACGACGAUUUGUUUCCUCCUUCCGACGUAGAAGAGCUUAGUAUGGGUGGCGAAGUAGACGCAUUAGCGAUGAGUGUUCGACAAACAUGGAAGCGUUUGAUCGACGGCCAAUGCGGCAUCAUUUCAAUCAAGGAUAGAAGCUCAGAAUUCGCAUUACUACCUAGUCAGGUGGCUGGCUUAGUUCCUCAAGGCAGCAAAAGCGAUGGCAAAUGGAACACGAAGGAGCAUAUGAGUCCUACUGAUGAACGUCGCAUGGCGCGCUUCGCACAAUAUGCUAUGGUUGCAUCUGAGGAGGCUUUGAAUGAUGCUGGCUGGUUUCCGAAGAAAGAAAACGAUCUUGAGGCCACAGGAGUAUACAUGGGAUCUGGCAUUGGCAGCCUAGAUGACGUGUACGAUACCACAGUUGCUUAUGAGAAAGGCGGGCCAAACCACGCGGCAACCACAGCGUGCACGACUGGAGCACACAGCAUCGGAGACGCUUCACGACUGAUCCAGUUUGGUGACGCUGAUGUGAUGAUCGCUGGCGGAGCUGAGUCAUGCAUCCAUCCUCUGGCCAUCUCAGGGUUCUCUAGAGCCAGGAGUUUGGCCACCGAGUUCAAUGAUCGACCAUUAGAAUCAAGUCGGCCCUUCGAUCGAGAACGGGAUGGAUUUGUCAUAGGAGAAGGAGCUGGAGUUGUGAUACUUGAAGAAUUCGAACACGCGAAGAAACGAGGUGCGAAUAUCUACGCUGAGGUCGCGGGCUACGGACUAUCUAGCGACGCAUACCACAUGACGGCACCUCGCGAAGAUGGUCAAGGGCCACGUCUUGCUAUGAAGCACGCACUGCGGCACGCUGGUAUCAAACCUAAUGCUGUCGAUUACGUUAACGCGCAUGCUACAAGUACCCCACUGGGUGAUGCUGCGGAGAAUCGAGCCAUCAAAGAGCUAUUGCUGGGCGAAGAUGGAAAGGACGCCGCUUCUAAAAUCAACGUGAGCAGUACGAAAGGUGCAGUCGGGCACCUUCUCGGCGCUGCAGGUAGCGUAGAGUCUAUAUUCACGAUUCUCGGGAUGCAUCAUAACACUCUACCUCCGACUCUGAAUCUUCAAAACCCAGGCGAUCCAGCGGAUGAAUUCGAUUGCAAUUACGUCGCCAAUGCUGCUCAGCAACACAGCGUCAACGUCGCGCUCUCAAACAGCUUCGGUUUUGGUGGCACCAACGCAUCCCUUUGCUUUCGCAAGAUUUGA